AUGAUUUGCGGGUCACUCUCCAAGGGCCUCGGCCUCCUCGCCGCGUUGGCCUUGUCCCAGACAGUCGACGCCGCGAUCCUCCCCCGGCAGAACAACGAGGCACUUCGACCCUGGGUGACGGUAGCGGCCGACGGUGCUGCCAAGACAGUCACUCCCACCAUCAACGACGGCAAGACGACGUCCGCUUUCCCGGGCAGCACGACUCUGCCGACGGCCGAUGCGCAAGGCGCCGGCACCUUCCUGCUGUGCAACCAGGCCGCUGGUGCUAGCGGUCUCAACCAGCCUUUCUGCUCUCCCAAAGCAAACAGCGAGCUUGAGGGUGGAAAGACGUACUGGGGUGAGCAUGAUCUUCAACUACCCUUCCGCCCGCAUACCGUCACUAACAAGACCGCAGUCACCUGGGACACCGCCGUCUUCCCCGCCCCGAGCACAAUGAUCCAGGUGCAGGGUGACUACGGCGUCACCGACACCAUCGAAGCCGGCCACGGCUUCACGUCCCUGGCGACACCGGCCUCGCAAGGCCACUUCGCCUGGGCGGCCGUGGGCUACAACAUGGCCCCCAACGAGUCGUUGGACGUGCAGCUCUUCAUGGCCAUUCUCGCCAACAACGGCAGCAUCAGCGGCCGCCACGCCGGCCCCAAGGUGCGCAUCGUGAACCGAUCGCCGUCGAACCAGAGACGCCGCGGGCCCAACGUCUUUGGCAUCGUCUUGCCAAUCGUUUUUGGCGUGCUGUCGCUCGGCGGCAUCGGUUGGUUCGUGUGGUGGUACGGCAGGAGAAAGGGCAUGUUCAGCUCCCGCGGCCGGGGCUACGGUGUUGGCCAGAGCCGCGUACAGAGGACCGCGGAUGUGAAGAUUGGUCUAGGAGACAGCGCCUUCUCGUCGCCUGACCGCGGCGUCGAGAUGAUGCCGCCGCCGCCACGACCGCCUCAGCCGGCCGAGGGGAACGUGUUCCGCAACGAGUUGAACAGGCAGGAAAGGAACGAGAGGGCCCAGACCAUGCUGUAA